AUGCUCAGAGAUCGAGGGCGGCAGCUCUUGCAUGCGAUCAAGUAUGCAGCCAUUUUGCUUUCAUUGCUACAAUUACUAGUAUUCCUCCCUCUAUCUUUGGAGCAUAGCCAGGAGACAUUCCUGACAUUCUCUGCCCUUAUGGCGGCUUUUUACUUCACAAUUACAACACUGCGAUGGGCCACGCUCAAUACAUCACUGGCGCCGAUCGCACGAUUCCUCAUGUUGAUCCAAAAUAUCGUCAUACCUGCUUCCCUAUUCCUGUGCGCGCGUUUGUAUAUGCCUGAUACGACCCAUGCGAUUUCGCCGAACUCCGUGCCAUGGUUGCAGUCAGCAACGAUCGCCAAAGAAUGGCUCAUGUCACGCACACCCUUGUCGUGGCACUCACAUACGGAAUCUAUGAUGCACUCUGAUUUUCUGCAUACGGUGCUUAUGUAUAUACAGAAGCAUGCAAGGCUUGUACUGUCACAUGUGCCUGGCACUUGGUACGCAUUCCUCCUCUACAUGAGCCCCGUGUUUUCUUUACUUGAAGGACUAGCAAGUUUGAUUGUCGUCCAGGCGGUUGCGCGAUUUUCGCAGUGGCUGAUCCAGGACCCCCAUGGAAAGCGAACGCAAAAAAUGAGCCGCAGCCUGCUUAUUCGUCGGCUCUUGCAGUUAGGCAUUGAGGCUUCAGAGGCGUGGCAACUCGUUUUUCUUUUGCUGACAGCCACGGUAUAUGUGGCAUCGGCUGUGGCGCUGGUGAUGAGCUUCGAUGUUGUCACCAAUGGACGUGCACUUACGUCUGCAGCCAUCGGUGCCUCGGUCGCAUCGACCUUGUGGAUCUCGGGCUUCGCAUUAGCAUUCCGCAAAGCCAAUAUUGUGGAAACGAGCUUGAUUUUUGCUUACGUCGUUUUUAAUGUGUACCAACUCAGCUCAUCACUUGUGCUUGGCACUGACCCGGUGCACCUACUACAAUCGUUCCGUGGUGCUAGUUUCGCAGCCAUGUCGUUCCAUGGUCAUACAGGGGCAUUGCAGGACAAGCUCCUUCGUGCUUUGGAAAACGGACUACGGGUCUUGUCUAUUGCUCUUGAAACACUGCCCGCGUCUGUGAUUGUGAGCUUGGUGUACCGCUUAGCCAUCAUGUACCUCGCGACGCGCGUACUGGCUCUGCUCCAGGUACGGCAUGUGCAGCGCGUUCACGUCCCAAAAAGCAAACAGACACUUACAGAACAGGCCGAGUCCGCAAAGCUGUCUGAGUUGUUGCACAAAGCCAAAGAGCCUGAUUCGCCGAGUGAACCAAGGCACGUGUCGGACGAGCGAACCCAGUCUGCCCCUGAGUCUGCCGACGAAAAAGAGGAUGAGCGUAAGCCAGAGGGCAAGCCGCGGCCUUCGACCGUUGGCAUCGUUCUCGUGCGCUACUCUCGUUUCAUUUUGAUUACUGUGUACAGCCACCUACUAUUGCUGGACCAAAACCAUCAGAUCUACUGGCGCAUACUCGCCGUGUCAUUCACCCUUGCCAUGUGGGGCGUCGAAUUGCUGAUCAGCAAGGAGAGUAAUGUGGUAUUCGACUGA